CUUGUGCUCAGUUACUUAUAAUUUCGUACGGUGCAUAAAUAAAAUUCUAUUGGAGUGUUACAACUUAGUUAAAAAGCUCGAGUUUAAAGAACACCGUUCAAUUGACUGCAAAACAAACAGACAAGAUCAUCGAAUGUGAUUUUGUUUGAAGCAACAUACAUUGAAGGUCUGUUGUGUAUUAUUGUAUUGUGAGAAAGGGAAUGAAAAUGAGCCAGCUUGGAACAGUCUAUGCCACUAAACGGCGACGUCGAAAUGGAAAGAGCAUAAAAACAACGCCCAAAGAAGGUAUCACCAAAAGUAAUCCUUCUAAAAGGCACCGAGAACGUCUUAAUGCCGAAUUAGAUCUUUUGGCCUCUUUGUUACCUUUCGAACAAAACAUACUUAGUAAAUUGGAUCGUUUGAGCAUCCUGCGACUAUCUGUUAGCUAUCUCAGAAUAAAGAGCUAUUUUCAAGUCGUGAUGCACAAAGAAAAAAACGAAAAUGGAAUGAUUUCAAACGUCGUUUCCGAUGAAAACUACCGUGCACGGGAUUUUACUUCUUAUGACCACAGUUUCGUUUUAGAUAGCGAAAUGUUUCUUCAGGCGCUAAAUGGAUUUAUUAUGAUACUAACAUGUGACGGAGAAGUAUUUUUUGCUACACAUACCAUUGAGAGCUUCUUAGGAUUUCAUCAGUCUGAUAUUAUUCAUCAAUCGGUCUACGAAUUAGUUCACUCCGAAGAUCGCGAAGAGCUUCAGAAGCAAUUAUUGUGGAACUCCUUCUUACCGGCAGAUCUUUCGGGAAUUCAACUUACGGAAGCCCUUGUUCCCGAAAAGGAUAAGUUGUUAGAACGAAGCUUUACCGUGCGAUUCCGAUGUUUGCUGGACAACACAUCCGGCUUCCUGCGUUUGGAUAUUCGUGGUAGAGUUAAAAUCCUGCAUGGACAAAAUAAAAAAAACGAAGAUCCCCCGUUGGCAUUAUUUGCAUUUUGCACACCUUUUGGCCCUCCCAGUUUGUUGGAGAUUCCACCGAAAGAGAAUAUGUUCAAGUCGAAGCAUAAGCUGGACUUUUCGUUGGUUUCUAUGGAUCAUAAGGGGAAGAAUACACUUGGAUACUCUGACUCUGAACUUGCUAACAUGGGAGGAUAUGAUCUAGUACAUUAUGACGAUUUGGCAUACGUGGCCAGCGCACAUCAGGAACUGCUUAAGACAGGUGCGUCAGGUAUGAUAGCUUACCGCUAUCAGAAAAAAGAUGGAGCAUGGCAAUGGCUACAGACAAGCUCCAGACUGGUGUAUAAAAACUCGAAACCGGAUUUCGUAAUUUGUACUCACCGCCAGCUGAUGGAAGAAGAAGGCCGAGAUCUACUUGGAAAACGUACGAUGGAUUUUAAAGUUAGCUAUCUGGAUGCGGGCAUUUCGUCAACCUACUUUGAAUCGGAUCAGCUAAUUAUCAGUCCAAACAAUCUCAACUCACCCAGCUCUCCUACAACAUCUCAACAACGUGCUAAUCGACGAUAUAAAACACAACUACGUGAUUUUCUUUCUACUUGCCGUCAUAAGCGGAAAAUGAAUAGCCAAUGCGCUGCUGAACAGGUAUCACCUACUGUUUCGGUGGUUGACUACAUAUCAGGUGGUCCGCCAGGGACGGCUGCAGCUGCAGCAGCUGUGGCGGCAGCUGCGUAUACCAACACUAUAAAUAGUGUUUACUCUCCAUCAGGCCAUUUCGCAGGUACCGGACCGGAUAACGUUUAUAUGACGGCGCCAGUGCAUUCGCCGAACUUUUAUCCGAUGCCUGAUAAUCUAUUCCACCAGUAUCGGCUGCAAGGUGUAAGUGGCUACUAUCCCGAGUAUCAUACGAGUACUACUGCACCCACCUUUGUAUCUACUAACGGGCUUAUUCCGUACGACAGUUAUGGAAUCACUAAAGAGGACAGCAUGCGAUGGCAUGAAGGCGGCAAAAGCUACGGUGGUGGCAACGAAUCAAAUCAAUCGCACUCAGGCUCAGGUUUGGUGGCUGAACCAAGUGAACAAGAAUUGUCAAGUCUAUCCGUAGAACCGUACCUUGUGCCCGACAUCCCUUCUCACACUGUAAAAUCAUCAUGCCAAACGCACCUCAGCAAGCAUACAUCUCCUGUACAUUCGUUGGAGGAGCUGGUCGAUCCGUGUUGUUCAACUGACCGCACGAAACCAUCAGCUGCUAAUAUUGUUGUUCAGAGCGGAACCAAAGAAUCUAUAGAACAUCGCAAACAGCACGAGCACCAAUACCAAAACCAUGAACAGCAAGGGCGUCAAUCUACUCACCAAUCUCAUCACCAACGGUUAGUGCAUCAUCGUCACUCAAUGUCGCAGUUGCCUACAACUGAGCAACCAAGGGAGCACCCGCAACUGAUCCACAAUGGUGAUCAUAUCUGCAGUUCCGAUGAGCAUAAGUUAUCUACUAAAUCACCUACGUCCAUGCCACCAAUUCACUGUGAACCACCACGGCAGACUGUUCUAAUGUGGGGUACGUCCUAUAUUAAUAACAGGGAAGGUCCUGGUACAAACCUCAGCCGCAGCAAUAGCAUUUGUGACAAUGAUCUCCCUCGUAACAGUGUCGAUGGUCCACCAUCGUACGAAUAUGUAGCAGUAAACAACUAUCACGGCUGUUCCAUCAAAAAUUUAAGAAACUGCACAGUAAACGCUGGUGCUGGCGAGCAUAACAGUACUAACAUGUCGAAUCGAAAACCAGAUACUUGUAACGAUUCCGAUGCUAAUGAAGGAAAAGUUUUAGAAAAAGGAGAUGAUAGCAAAAGCCCAACAAUCGCAAAAUCAUCUGAUAUAGCUUAUGCCGUGCCGUGCAAAAAAGAAAAUCCUCAACAUUCUACUACCAAUAACGACUGAUUUGGAAAGGGCUAAUCAUAUUCGGAUUACUAACUUAACACUAAUUACAACCAAACAGGAACAUGACCCUAAUUAAGACAACAUUCUCUAUACUACCACGGUUAGUUACUGAGUGGCCUAAAAACCCCUAAUUUUUAAAUUUACAAUAAGCAAACCUACAAUAAUAUGCGCAAACAUGAAUAAAUCCAUGGUAAAAAUAAACGGUAAAAUUAAAGUGACCUUCAAACUCGAUUUUUACUGAUUAAAUGUAACUUUUUCAAAACCCCUUCCUAAAUACGCAUACAUAAACAUACGGCUCGUCCGUCCUUAUAUAUGUUAAAAAAAAAACUACGCAUGCAUGAGAAAAGCUUAUAAAAUCAAAACUGUAUAAUUAAACGAUUUUUGGUCACUCAGUAACUCACCGUGCGUAGUUGGGUCCUAUUCUUUACUUAUACCGAAAUUUGAACUAAUUAACUUUCCAAUUACUUUAAACGGUAAAAGACUAAAAUAGGCAAUAAAAGACAAAAAUAGCCCCCCCACUCACGGUGAAUUACUGAGUGACCGAAAAAACCGCUAAUUUCAACAUUUUUAGUAACAAAACCUUUAUUAAAAUAUGCGGAAACGUAAAUUAAUGUAAUGGAGAAGAGGAGAGGAGUGAAAAAAAUACAUUUAGGUGCUUAUUCUGUAACUUGCGAUUACGAUGGCCUCUAGGCGAUGAUUCAUUUGGUUCAUUUUGUAUUCAUUUUGUGUUCACGAUCGCCUGCAUGUCGAGUGCAUUUUUGUGGUCGACAGCUGGCGUUCUGUUUACAUCGAGCAUCUGAAAAACAGUUAUAGCGUCGUGAUUGUGCAUCAAUAAUUUCUUUCUGCUAAUCGUAUACUAUUAUAACAAAGGUUAAGUCGUUUCUGAUACAGAAAAUUCAAGUUAAUUCACAGUUUUUUUACUUCAAACUGUCAUUUUGAAUUGUUUAUUGUUUUCGAAACGUUUCGAAAUUCGCAUGAAUCAUCGAACGCCUGAGGCCAUCGUAAU